AUGGCCUCUAUAUCAUCGAGCACGGUUACGAUCUGUGAUUAUGCCAGGAAAGGGCACUUGCUGGAAGCGAAACAUGUUUUCGAAAGAAUGCCUCAGCUAGAUACUGCAUGCUGUAAUGCAAUGCUCGCGGCUUAUUCACGAUGCAGAUUGCUAGAUUUAGCCCAUCAAAUCUUUGAGAGCAUACCUCGGCCGAAUCUCAUUUCAUGGUCCACCAUUAUCUCUGCUUAUGCCCAAGCUGGGUAUAUUGAUAGUGCCCGACAACUGCUUCAUCUUAUGCCUUUGCACAAUCUUGUGCCGUGGACUGCGAUGAUCGCAGCGUACGCUCGAGCCGGCUCGCUCUCUCUAGCAGAGCAUAUCUUUGACAUGAUGCCCGAACGAGAUCUUGUAUGCUUCAAUACUUUGCUUGCGGCCUAUGCCACGCUCGGGCUCGUAAACCAGGCCGAGAGAUUCUUUCAUGAAAUGCCCCAGCGAGAUCUUUGCUCGUGGAAUAGUCUACUUUCCGUAAUGGCUAUGCCAAAUGAUGCCCAAAAGGUAUGGGAGAAUAUGCCCCAGAGAAAUCUAGUUUCUUGGAACACAAUGCUGGGUCUCUACUUAGAUUGCGGUAAAUUAGAUGCCGCCAAGCUGGUGUUUGAGGACAUGCCGGAGGGGAAUCUAGCAGCGUGGACUUCCAUGGUCAGAGGAUAUGCCGACGCCGGAUACCCAGAAUAUGCUCAAAGUAUUUUUCUACAGAUGCCGAAGCACGACCUCGUGGCAUGGAAUGCUUACUUGGCUGCGUAUAGUAACAAUGGUCAUGUAGAUCAGGCAAAAAAAAUAUUUAAUAGGAUGCCAUGGAGAGAUAUAGUGUCGUGGACAACCAUAGUUGUCGCAGCUGCCCAGUAUGGGUAUUUGGAAGAAUCCUUACGAUUGCUGUAUUGCAUGCCGUAUUGGAACACUUUGGCGUGCAAUGCCGUGCUAGCAGCCUUGGCGAAAGCCAAUAGAGUGCAGAUAUUAGAAAUCAUGAUCGAUUAUAUUUUUGAAAAAGAUAUUGUAACGUGGAACAUACUUUUAACUACUUAUGCCACGAAUGGGGAUUUUGAGCGAGUCUUGGACCUUUUUAAUUCUGCGUUCGAGAAAAAUAUGGUAUCCUGGAAUAUUGUGGUAUCGUUUCUUGCUUGCAGGGGCCAAUUAGAGGAAGCGAGAAUCUGUUUUGAGACUAUGCCGGAGCAAAACACUGUACCAUUAUGCGCAUUAAUUUCUGCAUACGCCCGAAUGGGGCACCUAGACGAGGCAAAACAACUUUACAGAGCUGUACAUAUUGAGAGCACUGAAAUAAAAACGGCAAUGAUCAGCGCGUUUGCAGAAAAUGGCUGCGUUGAAGACGCCAAAUAUCUGUUUGAAUCUGGUACUAAUCAUGAUUUGGUGUCGUGGACUGCUUUUAUGACCGCAUUUGCCCUUAAUGGGCAUUUUGGUCCUUGUGGGUCCUUGUUCUUGCGUAUGCCCGAAAGGGAUGUGGUUGCAUGGACCACACUGCUUGUAGCUUACGCACACAACGGCAGGUCCGACGAGGCACUAUACGUUUUCCACUCCAUGAACGCCAUGGACGUGUCCGUGGAUGGAUGCUUUGGCUGUGCGCUCGUGGCAUGCAGCCACGUUGGCAGCGUCUACGCGGCAAGAUCUUGCUUCGUGUCGAUAGAGAUGGACUUCCAUGUACAGCCCGUGAAGCUCCACUUUCGGUGCAUGGUCGAUGUCUUGGGGAGAGCCGGGCAUUUGCAUUCUGCCCAGGAGCUGCUCAAAACCAUGCCCUUCGAGCCCGAGACUGUGGACUGGAAGUGCCUCUUGGGGGCAUGUAGGAGCUACAGAUCCUCCGUUGAGUUUGGGAAUUUCGUUGCCAAGAAUGUCAUUGACAAGGAUCCGAGAGGAGCUGCUGGUUAUGUCCUUGCAGCCAACAUGAUCGUCUCUUAG